ACACACCUUCACUCUCAGGACCUGUGGAAAAAUAAGGACAUUUUUCGGGUCCUCAUUUUUCCACGCCGUCUACGACACCGGGAGGCCUCCCAGAAUGCUCCCACACAAAAAAAAAACGCAUGUCCUAAAAUGUCAUAAUUUUGGGAAAUUCAGUGUGAAAGUGUGUUUAACAAUCGACUCACUUUUUAUUUUAACACCUAGUGGCCAUCUUCUGUACUUUAACACACUUUUCACACACUUUCAGUGACGUCACUGCACAGGUCCUCAUAUUUCACUUUUUUUUGACUCACAAACACAUUACAACAGGUGAGGCGGGAUUAAGAUAGGCCUGCAGUCACACCAUAGUAAAUUCUCUGAAAAAGACACAACCAGAUUCUAGUUUUGAGUGACAAUACAUCUAGUAGGGUAAGAUAGUUAUUAGGCUAACCAAGCCUACAUCCACCUCAGGAGUAAAAGCUUCUUUAUGCAGUGUUCUUCAAUAUUACACGCACAGCAGCUGACACUAGGUUGGCUAAUUAGCCAGCUAGCCUGCUAAAUUGAGGCCAAAUAACAUGCUCUGGAGUUUGGACUCAAACUGUGGAAUGUCUGCCCAAUAAAUGAUAUUUCCAUGGUGAUGAGCAUGAUGAAAAGAAGAGCCAGGCUCAGUCCUGAAUCUGAGGCUACUCAGUUUAUUUUAUCUGGAGUUGACAGGCCUUGCUUAAAAGUCCAGUGGAUCAAUGACUAUAAAGGACGUGGUGUAUUUACCAAUGAACUAAUUGAAAAGGGAUCCUUUGUGUUGGAGUACCGUGGGGAGUUAAUCUCACAGUAUGAACGGGAGAAGAGGCAGAAAAAGUACACAGAAAAACAAAAUUCUUUCCUCUUUGAUUUUGAAUGGAAUGGUAGCACGUGGUGCAUUGAUGCCUCACGUGAAGAUGACUCAAUGGGCCGAUUGGCGAAUGAUGCUAAUAAAGGCCCAAACUGCAGAAUGAAAAAGUUGACCAUAAAGGGUAAACCACAUCUUUGCUUGUUUGCUCUUGAAAACAUCCAAGCAGGGGAUGAAAUAACCUACGACUAUGGAGAAUGUCAGUGGCCAUGGCGAGCAAUGAUACCGAGUGUUAAGACCCUUACUCAGCCUUCUGGAGACCAAGAACAGAGUCAGAUAUAUGCAUCAUUUCAUCAGACACAAAAUCAACCAAUACAAAACGAAGAAGUGAGUCUGAGAUCAUCUGCAUCAUACCAAAAGCUACCAAGUGUUGAGAUCCUGACUCAACCAAGUGAAAAUAACGAAGCGAGCCAGAAUGAAUUCCAACAGCUACCAUGUGUUGAGAUCCUUACUCAACCAAGUGAAAAUGAAGAAGCGAGCCAUAGAGCAUUCCAACAGCUACCAUGUGUUGAGAUCCUUACUCAACCAAGUGAAAAUGAAGAAGCAAGCAAGAGAGAAUUCCAACAGCUACCAUGUGUUGAGAUCCUGACUCAACCAAGUGAAAAUGAAGAAGCCAGCAAGAGAGAAUUCCAACAGAUACCAUGUGUUGAGAUCCUGACUCAACCAAGUGAAAAUGAAGAAGCGAGCAAGAGAGAAUUCCAACAGCUACCAUGUGUUGAGAUCCUUACUCAACCAAGUGAAAAUGAAGAAGCAAGCAAGAGAGAAUUCCAACAGAUACCAUGUGUUGAGAUCCUGACUCAACCAAGUGAAAAUGAAGAAGCGAGCAAGAGAGAAUUCCAACAGAUACCAUGUGUUGAGAUCCUGACUCAACCAAGUGAAAAUGAAGAAGCGAGCAAGAGAGAAUUCCAACAGAUAACAAGCAUCAAUAUCCUCAUUCAACCUUCUACGGACCACGAACUUCUUGAGAACGCUACCAUAUCUUCUCAACAGAGCUCUCCUGAUCCGUAUUCAGAUUGUACAGAUUAUGAAGACAUUGACUAUAUUCCAGACUCAAGUGGGAAUUCCUCAGAUGGAUGUGUUUGCAGUAAGGAUCUGAGCAUUACAGAAUUUCUUGCUCCCCAAAAUGUGAUUAAGAAUGUGCCAUUGGAGAUGGAUGCAGAACAGUGUGGGGAAAUCUCCAGUUCAGCGAUAGUUACAAGUUUAGGUUCAUCACCGAGAAGCAGCAAUCAUUGCACUUCAGUGACAAGUUGCAGUGCUAAUUGUUCAGGGAACACAUCAUACAUUAGCCACCCCAUAACGGUAGCACCAUUGCCAAGGACAUCAAAACAAAGCAAAUACAACAAAAAACAGCAUUGUUUUUAUUGUAAAAAGCCCAUUUCUAAGUUGGCAAGACACCUUGAAUCUGCCCACAGUACACAGCCUGUUGUUGCAAAGGCUUUAAGUUACGAUAAAAGGUCCCGGGAAAGAAGAGAUUUGUUACGCUUUCUUAAGAAGAAGGGAAAUUUUACUCAUAAUGCCAGAGUGAUCAACUGUGGUGCUGGGGAAAUGGUUGCUUGUCGAAGACCCAAAAAGACAACACAGUCUGAUGGCUACCGUCACUGCAGGUUUUGUCAAGGACUAUAUGCAAGAGCUAGCCUUUGGAGGCAUGUGAAAAACUGCCCUCAGAAGUCUUUUGAGGUGGGACCUUCGGCUGGGCAAAAACGAAUUCAGCUGGUCUUACCGAGACCUGAACAAGUCAGUGAAGCCGUUUGGAAGAUUGCUUGUGAAAUGAACCAGGACAACAUUUCCUCUGUAGUAAGGAGUGAAAGACACAUCCUUUCCCUUGGUGAGUCAUUAUACAAUGCCAGAAAACCACAAGAGAGAAGAAAUGACUACAUUCGCCAAAAAAUGAGAGAGAUGGCAAGAUUAUUGAUAACAGCAAGAGCUAUAACCCCGUUGAAAACCACAGAAGACCUUGUUAUGCCGGGUAACUUCCCCCAUGUCAUCCAAGCAGUGAGGGCUGUUGCAGGUUAUGAUUUGGAAAGCAACUCUUAUAAAACUCCAUCCUUGGCUCUGAAAUUAGGACACAGUUUGGCCAAAGUUGCAGGCAUUGUGCAGUGCAGUGCCAUUAUUGCAAAUUGUAGUAGUAUUGCAGAGUCAGCCAAGCAGUUUGUUACUCUAUAUGAGAAAAAUUGGAAUGAAACCAUUUCAGCUUCCGCAUUGGGUACACUUCAACAAGCGAAGUGGAAUAAACCACAGGUUUUACCAUUUACACAGGAUGUUUCACUGCUGCACAACUUUCUUGCUACUGAGUCAGCUAAGUGUAUGAAGGACUUGGAGGAAAAACCCAACAGCAUAACCUAUGGAAAUCUUGCUAAGGUGACUUUGACACAAGUCAUACUUUUUAACAGAAAAAGGCAAGGGGAAGUUUCAAAAAUGGACCUACAGUCUUUCACAUCCCGGAAUCGCGCAGAGUUGAAUCCGGACAUUAUGAUGUGUCUUUCUGAGUUAGAAAGAAAGCUUGCAAAGCACUUUGACAGAGUUGAGAUCCGUGGUAAAAGGUCAAGAAUGGUACCUGUGCUUCUCACCCCGAGUAUGAUUUCUGCAAUGGAGUUCCUUGUGAACAAGAGAAAUGAUUGUCAAGUCGACACAAAAAAUGUGUACCUGUUUGCCCGUCCAAUUGUACUUUCACAUUACAGAGGCUGUGAUUGCCUCCACAAGUUUGCAAACCAAUGUGGUGCAAAACACCCAGAAGCACUCACUUCCACAAAACUUAGGAAGCAAGUUGCCACCUUGUCCACAGUACUGAACCUAAAAGAAAAUGAAAUGGAUCAACUUGCCACCUUUCUCGGACACGACAUCCGUGUCCACCGAGAAUUUUACCGCCUCCCAGACAGUACCCUGCAGCUUGCAAAAGUCAGCAAACUGUUGAUGGCAAUGGAGAAAGGACAACUCUCUGACUUUCAGGGAAAAGGGCUGGAUGAUAUUGAGAUCAAUCCUGAAGAUGACAUACCCACUAGUGAUGAUGAUGAUGAUGAUUAUGAUUCGAUCAAAGAAAUGACCACUGACCUUCGUGAACAAAAAGGCUCAAGAACUGAGACCUUUGGACACCCAAGCCAUGUGCCUGCCUCAACCAUGCCGGACACCAUGGAUCGCACUGCUGUCUCAACUUCUUUCAAUAACAUCGAAGACACUUCUGCCUCAACUUUGUUUGGUAACAUGGAAGACAUACCUGCUUCGACAUCAUUUGACAACAUGGAUGAUUCCCAGCAAAGGACAGCACUUCAACCGAGUUCACCCCAAACACGGUCAAGGUGCUCCAGCAAGAAGAAGCAAGGUGGAAAGGCGAGAAGUAAGUGGACAGAGGGUGAAGUGAAAGCUGUUGAGCGGCACAUGUUGGAUUUCAUAAGCAACCUGAAAGUACCAGGUAAAAAGAGCUGUGAGGCUUGCCUCCAAGCUGAGCCAGCAGCUCUGAAAGAGAGAGACUGGGUUGCUAUUAAAUACUACAUUCACAACAGAAUAGUAACCUUAAAGAGAAAGAUGAAUAAUUAGAGCUUAAUCAUUUGAUCUGGCCCAGGUACUGUAUAUG